GUAUACUCGAGCAUUUUGCGCUAGGUAUACUGCAAGGUCUUGCCUUUCGAUAUUCGACUCGCCAGUAGCGGCCCCGCCCAGCAACCGCUGACGCAUUCAACGUGCUAUCAAACUCAUAGAGAAAGGACAUUGACCCGAGUUUUGCUCUUUUGCAAAUUCGGCGCGGGCGCGGAGCUCUGCAAGGGUCGGACGCAGCUUCAAGCGAGCUACGCACGCGUCUAAUAGUUGUGCAUGAUAAUCAGAUACUAUAAAUGAAGAAUUCGCAAGAAUCCCUAGCGGCAAAAUGGCUCUGCCGAGAGUCAUUUCGUCGGCAAGAGGAAAGCGACGCGCAAACCGUUUACCUUUUGAACCUUGUUCAGGAGCUGCGCGCGGAGAUUGAGGCUCGUGACACGGUGCUGCGUGACUCUUCUGUGGUGGUGACGGAGCUGCGGACCAAAGUGGAAGCCCUCACGGAGCAGCUGGCGGACAAGGAGGCCCCAGGCUCACACGGCCCAGCCGUCCAGCCGGGAGCUGCUGCUGCCGCUCCCAGUGGCGGUGUCCGUGUGGCGCCCUCCUGGCGCUCCUCCGCCUCCGCAGCCGCCACGGCUGCCCAUCCCGCGGCCAGCCUGGCGCCAAGCCACGACGGCUGCGGCGCCAGCGGCUCCCCUCGCCACCCCAUCGGCUGCAGCGCCUCCGCCGCCUCCGCCGCCUCCGCCGCCUCCGCCGUCGCAGCAGCGCCGGCGGGUGGCAUUGCUGCCAUCAGGGGCAGGACCGUCGCUGCCGCCGGCAGCCCAUGGAACGCCUGCGCCGACAGCGGCAGCGGUAGCAGCAGCGGCAGUAGCAGCAGCGGCAGUAGCGGCAGUGUCGGGGAGCAGCAGCACCCGGCGGGGGGCACGCCGACGGGUCCGGGCACGCCGCCGCCGGCGCUAGGUCCGGUGGCGCUGGCGGUGGCGGCGCUGCGACAUCGCUCGGCGGCGGGAGCUGGCGGCUCCCAUGGAGGCGGCGGUGGUAGCGGAGCCGGAUCACCCGCACGACUGGGGGCAUCAGGAUUGGGACGCGGGGCACUGUUCGGCGUAGCGGGGCGAGCGACGCACGGAGGCACCGGUGGCCUCGCCGACAGCGCUGCAGGGACAGGGGCAGGGGCAGCAGGAGUACCGGCGUUCGCGUCAGCGGGUGGCGCGGCCGCACGGGCGGAGGGCUACCAGGGGUCUCCAAGCCGGCCCUUCCUGCUGCCACCGCCGCCGCCACCCCAGCAGCCGCUGCAGCUGCACCCACAGCCACACCAGUCACACGCGCACUCCGCGGUGCACCCGGCGCCCACAACGUCUGUGAGCUCGCUGCAGGCGGCGUGGGCGCGCAUGGGGGUGGGCAUGGCCGCGGCUGCCCCCGCCCCCGCGCCGGCAUCCCCCAGGCAGCCUCACAUGGUGCCGGCGCUUACCACCUCAACCUUCAUCGACACGCCUGCCACCGCGCCCUUGACGCCGGAGCCCCACCGCGCGCCGGCGUCAUUUGCCGCCGCUGCCUCGCCGCAGGGCGCCGCCGCGGCGCCGGCCGGCGCCGCUGCUGAUGCCAGCGGGCCAUCGGCGGCCUCAGCGUUGGCAGCAGAAGCGGCGCGGCAGCAGCUGCAGCAGCAGGAGGCCGAGCUGCAGCGGCUGCGCGCGCAGGUGGCGGCGCUGGCGUCGGACCUGGCGGCGGCGCGGGAGGCGGCGGCGGCGUCCAAUGCGUCGUACCUGACGUGCCGCAAGGACCUGGAGAUCCUGACACGCAAGUACGACAACCUGAUGGUCCAGAAGCUGGAGGUCGAGGAGCAGCGCGACCGCCUGUUCUCUCCGCUGCUAGAUGUGCAGCUCAUUCGCGCCGCCAUGCCCGCAGUAGACGGGGCGUUGGCGGCGGUGGAGGCGCGCGCCGCCGAGCUAGAGGCUCUGCUGGCGGCGAGCCUGGCAGAGGCGGCGGACGCGGCGCGCUCUCACCAUGAGCAGCGGCGCAAAUGGAUUGCGCGGCUGGAGAGCGCGGCCGCGCGGGGCGGCGGCCUGGCGCCGACUGCGAGCGACGAUCUGGAUGGGAGCGCCGCGUCUGCGUCGCUCGUUGGCGUCAGCGGCAACGGAGGGGGAAGCCUGGGCACAUUGGACACUUGCGCCAGCGCGCCGGUAGGGCCGGGAGGUGGUGGCGGGCGAGGGGCUGGCGCUGCGUGUGUGGGAAGCGGCCCACCGGAGGGGCGGGCGGCAGCUGAGGGGGAGGGGGAGCUGCAGGCCCCGGGGCUGGCGCAGGCACAGGGGGCCGGUGGGGGGGCGCGGGUGCUCUCUAAGGCCUUGUCGGGGCGGUGAUGGGGGCGGUGAUGGGGAACAAGCAACAGCAGUCUGCUGCUGGUGGCCCGCUGUGUGUGUAUAUAUUACAUUCGUCUGUUGGGGGCGUGAUUCCGGCCGCUGGCCGCAUGACCCGGAUUCCAGAGGCGUGAGCGCGAGAUGGCAAGCGCUUGCUCGUGUGUGAUCACCAACCAAUCCGUCGCUGUCUUCCACUUUUUCCCAGUGAUUCACAAAGUACUAGCAUCUACUUUGAACGCCGCCGGGCUCUGGCUGCCGGCCUUUGUGUGUAUGGGUGUGUGGGUGGAUGGGGGUGUGUGUAUUCCCCUGCUCCUCAUAACGUAUAACGGUGAUAUGCACCCAGUGAGCUGUAUUAUUUGCCGUUAUGCACCCCAUUGCGCCAUGGUUGCGCGUCGCGGCAACUGUGUGACGAAAGGCUGACAUAAAGCCUAGCUUUGGUGUGCCCAGUGACCGCUGCUGCGAAGGAUGUAUCGGUGGGCACGAUGGUUAUAGAAGAGGGGGGUUGGCUGUUGCGUGUUGAGGAAACACGUGCCGCCGUGCCUGCUAGUGGACUGUCUUUGAAGUUCAAGGUCCCAUAUAGCCGCUGAAGUUCAUGCGGUAUUUUUGCGUCGAAACGCUGGCGAGGGUUGUCAGGCGUCACUCGUGCUACUUACCAGAAGGUGUAGUAUGCCGUGCCGUUCCAGCUUCUGGAGUGAGGGCUGGCGUCGAGGGCGCCAACGUCGUGUGGGGUUGCACGCCAGGGUGCCCGUCCAAGAUGUACGUGUACCGUUAAUGUGUAAACAAACACGCAU